ACCCAACCUCAAAACACAACACAACACAACAUAACAAAACAACCAAAGACUACUAAGAAAUUAUGUUGAUGAUGAUGAAGAAGAGAAUUAGAGAAGAACAUGAAGAACAACAACAACAACAACAAAACAAUAGUAUCACCAAAUGUUUGAUGUUAUUACAAUCACACAACCAAUUCAUGAUGACCAAACCCAUCAAUCUGACUAACCCGACCAACCCGAUUAACCAAACUGGCUUCUCUGGUGGCCAUGUUUUCGAAUGCAAGACAUGUAACAAGCGAUUCUCGUCGUUUCAAGCACUAGGUGGACACAGAGCGAGUCACAAAAAGCCGAAACUCGUUACUAAUGAAGCAUUCGAAGAAGAAAACCAAUACGAUCAACAAAAAACUAUUGGGAGAAAACAUGAGUGCUCAAUAUGCGGAGUUGUUUUUAGUAUGGGACAAGCUUUGGGUGGCCAUAUGAGAAGACAUAGAGCUUCCAUUAAUGAUAAUGGGUCAGAUGGGUUUUCUUCAUUACUCAUUAAAGCAGCUACUGCAAAAGAACAAGAAGAAGAAAAAAAAAAUUCAACUCCACCAUUAAUGGUGUUGAAGAGAUCUAAUAGUAUUAGAAUUAAAGCUGAUUAUUGCUUAUUGGAUUUGAAUUUGACUCCAUUGGAGAAUGAUUUGAAGAUCUUGUUUGGGAAUAUGGCUCCUCUUAAUUCUAAUUUUAUUUUCUAAUUUUUUUUUUUGGUAGUUUUUGAUUGAAAAUUCAUUUAUUCAUUUGGAUUUAUUGUACAAUUCAAUUUAUUGUUGUUGUUAUUAUUAUUAAUUAAUUAACUAGUUUAAUUACCA